CAAUUAAAAAUAACAUUUGUAAUAUUACACGUAAACCUCAAAAAAUUGGAUAAAAACGGAAACCUUGUUUAUUUAAGUGAAACUUUUAGGUACUUACAUAAUGAAGCUUAUUACUCAUAAUAUGCUUACAUCAAAAUGUUUAAAAGGAGUACUCACAGGUUAUCCCCUCGCCAUAAACGCUACGAAUAUAAAAAUAAAUGAAGUUGAUUUUAAUCCAGACUUCAUUUCUAGAGUAAUUCCUAAAUUAGAUUGGGAAGUGUUGUGGAAAGCCGCCGACAGUAUAGGUCAUAGCGACGGGUUACCACAAAGUAUUCAACAUAAUUAUGAAGAUGAUAAGGAGUUUCUGAAAAAAGCUCACCGUGUGCUUUUAGAAGUUGAAGUUGAAGAAGGAUAUUUAACUUGCCCAGAAUCAGGACGACAAUUUCCAAUAACUAAAGGCAUACCUAAUAUGUUAUUGACAGAAGCAGAAGUGCAAUAAAUUAGUUAAGUAAACUA